UUGAACAAGGCCUAACAAGGACCCGAGGUGACUGGUCGAUCGUUGAAGUCGGAAGGGCGGAGCUAAGCAGUGACGUCAGAACCACAGCGCGCGGACGGACGGAGCUCGUGCGGUGAUGAUUGACAGUUUGCGUCACUUGUCAAAGCCUAUAAUGAGUUGACAGCUCUAUACUGACAAGCAGCGGCCAGUGAAAAGAAGGCCCCGGUAGAGUUCAUUAUUUCUGCUUGAGAGACGAUUGAUGGUAAAAAGCAGACGUAGAUUCUGAAGACAGGACGAGUUGGGAAUGCCCGGGUGAAUUCAAUCUAUGUACCCACGGUCUCUGUCCGUCUGUACAAGCGAAGGGCUGGCCGACUAAAGGGGCUGUAUAAGCAUCAGCCAUCUCGCAACCCAUAACAUAUAUUCCUAUAGGCAAGAGACGUGUGGUGUUCACAGAGGGUGUUUGGCCAACACAAGAGCUUCAUGCUUAAUCCAGGGGAAAUCUUACAAAAUAAGACGCUUACGCCCGAGGCCUCUAGCAAACAAGUAUUCUGACGAGCUGAGGGAAGUGUUGUUACCCGCGGGUGUAAUCUCUAUUGUACCGUAUACUCGCAAAGGACCGAAGGGGAAAUGUGUUAGGCGCUUACCACUCCUGUGGACUGGAAAUUAAUGCGAACACCCCCUACAAGAACUGUGGAUAUGUUGGAUUAUUAAGGGACAAGGUGGAAUUGUAAAAAGAAAUUGUGCUGUAUUAUUCGAAACGAUUUUGAUCGUUUUUUUUUUAUGUCUGCGGUACUUCGGAUUUCCUGACCGUGUGAUCGUGUGAAUAGGAGUUGAUAUAUCAUGCGAUGAUUCUACAGGGACCAUGAGACAUACCAGCCCGAGGUGAAUAUCUAACCAAUACUGCAUCGUGUGUACCGUGGUUCAUAACACACACAGAUAUAUCUUAUUAAUAAAUAUGCGGGCUUCCAGAAUUUUACCUCCAGGCUUUAUGGAGAUUAAAACUCUCCGUGCAGCUUCCACCGUCGGAUUACUUAUCACGGUGUUGUGUGUCGCGAAUACCUCUGCCGAUUCGCAGCGCAAGUGUCAGGAGAUCACCAUACCUAUGUGCAAGGGCAUCGGCUACAACCUGACGUAUAUGCCGAAUCAGUUUAACCAUGAGACUCAGGAGGAAGCCGGUUUAGAAGUUCACCAAUUCUGGCCGCUGGUACAAAUUCAAUGUUCCUCUGAUCUCAAGUUUUUCUUGUGCAGCAUGUACGCACCAAUCUGCAUGGUGAAUUACCAGAAGCCUCUACCGGCGUGUCGGUCGGUGUGUGAGCGGGCCAAGGCGGGCUGCGCGCCCUUGAUGAUGCAGUAUGGCUUCGCGUGGCCGGAGCGGAUGAACUGCGAGCACCUGCCGGAGUAUGGCUCUAAAGGUACGCUGUGUAUGGAUGCCAAUACCACGGAAAAAUCCACACCGUCUCCCAAAUACCACCCUAAAACUCCGAGUCAUAUCAACCCCAAUAUGAACCCCAAAAUGAACCCGAAGGAUCCAACCAAGAAUCGCCACUACCCUGGCCUCAAAACACCUGGGAUGCUCCCCGACCUCAAGAAACACCUGAACAUUCUAAAUACCUUCUUACCCAACUGUUCCUGUGGGUGUCGGACGCCGUUGGUGCCCCUAACCAAAAACAGCGGCCACUACAACAAGGUUACCACGGGGAACAUAUCGAACUGUGCCCUAAACUGCGACAGCCCGUACUUCAAAGAAGAGGAGGAGAAAACGUUCGCUGUGUUUUGGAUCGGUCUCUGGUCCGUACUCUGUUGCAUUUCAACCUUAAUGACCGUUCUGACAUUCCUCAUAGACAUGCAGCGAUUCAAGUAUCCGGAACGUCCUAUCAUCUUCCUCAGUGGGUGUUAUUUCAUGGUCAGCAUUGGUUACAUCGUCCGGCUAGUCAUGGGCAAAGAGGAUAUUGCGUGUGAGGAGGUCUUGGGAGGGAGGAUAAUAAGAUACGAGACCACGGGUCCAGCCGUCUGCACUGUCGUCUUCCUCCUCAUCUACUUCUUCGGUAUGGCGUCGUCGAUAUGGUGGGUGAUUCUCUCGUUCACGUGGUUCCUUGCGGCCGGUUUGAAGUGGGGACAAGAAGCUAUCGCACGCCACUCACAGUAUUUUCACCUGGCAGCCUGGUUGAUUCCCUCCGUUAAAAGCAUUGGCGUUUUGGCCGCGUCGUCGGUGGAUGGCGAUCCGAUCGCCGGCAUUUGCUACGUCGGCAACCAGAACAUCGCGAACCUUCGCGGGUUUGUGUUAGCACCGCUGUUCGUGUAUCUCAUCAUUGGCACGUCGUUCUUGCUGGCUGGUUUCGUGUCGCUGUUCCGAAUACGUAAUGUGAUAAAACAGCAGGGAAGGACCAAAACUGAUAAGCUAGAGCGACUCAUGAUUCGUAUCGGAGUUUUCUCUGUACUCUACACAGCUGCCACCAUCGUGAUAUCGUGUUAUUUCUACGAACAGCACAUGAGGCCUCGGUGGGAAAAGACGAUUACGUGUUCCUGCACUACGUGUCCGUGCAGUCGCGAAGCCGCAGUGCCAGACUUUUCAGUAUUUAUGUUAAAAUAUUUCAUGUGUCUCGUAGUAGGCAUCACUUCCGGUUUCUGGAUAUGGACUGGGAAGACUUUGGAAUCCUGGCGACGGUUCUACCGUAGACUUUGCCAAAGGGGAGAAUAUACCCAGCCUGGUCGGAAUAAAUAUACCAACCAAGGUUACACGACAAGCAAGCAGCAGCCUUUGAGUCAUGUUUAGUUGACUACGACUUAUAAGCCCCUGUGAAGUAGUGAAAACAAAAGCGAAACUAAAGGGGAAUAACUCCUAUCUCAGGUUGCGUAAUACCUUGGCUUACAUGGACCAUGAUGCUUUUGCUACACAAGGUAGUUUAGCGCGAGGCAAAUGAUU